AUGUGGAAGAGGCAAACCCGACGGAGACGUGUACUCUAUCAUCUGAUCAAUGCGAAUCCGACUGUGAACCAGACAAAGGCGGCGGCCCGCCUUAUGGAGCACCUUGAGCUCACUGGUCUGGACUGGGCCCAGGCAGAAACCGGCAGAAACCCUAACCUCGGUGUCCCCGACAAUGGUCUAGGAGGCACUCUGAUUGGCUGGCGGGGAAUGCAAUCCGCCCUCAUCUGGUUGUUCCUGCGCUCAUUCUGGCAAUAA